GACAGCACACGGUUAGCCACCGAACGUAGCAAGCAGGAGCUCCCAGACGAAAAGCAUCAGCCCGCGUGGCCGCAUCAAGAAACAAACCGACGACGACGACAAAAGUCGAAAGCGAGCAGAAAAUAGCGCGGAUUGCGAACCAAAUGUGUACGGGGCGUGCGUGUGUGUAAGUGUAUGCGUGUGUGUGUGUGUAGCGCGUGCGUACGUUCGAUAAAGUGUUGUGGAAGGCAAACAACAAUGAAGCAAUAGGGGAAAUUAAAUUACAAGAAUAGAGAACCAUUUUCGAAUGAAAGCGAAAACGCGCCCCGCACAACAUCAACAGGUGCCGGAAAAACGUACAGCGAGAAAGCACUCCGAAAGCCGAUCUUAAGUAGUCCUGCAGCGUGUUUAGCGCACGAAAGUUGAAUUUUGUACUAACUGUCAGUUUAAUUUGACAGUUGGCGUUUUGGGACGUAACUGACCGGGUUCGUGUGUGCGUACAAGAAGACAGCACCACACAACCACCAUCGGUCGAUGACAGUUGGUUCGUCCUCGGGCAUUGGAGUCCUUUCUCGCACGAUCCUUACACACGCACACCUCAACCAUCGCUACCACCGCCACCCUCGUAACCGCUCGUCAUCGUGAGGUCAGCGGUACACAUUUUGAACGCGUGCGCACCCCGUCGACACCCGCUCGCUCUGUCUCGCUCUGACCUGGUAGAAUUUUUCAACCCCCCCGUAAAUAAGGGCCAUCAACAUCUAGCGGCCAACAAACCAGCCAGCCAGCCAGCCAGCCAGCAUCAUCGGCCAUCGCGCUUUUUCUCGUCGUCGGUUAUUGAUUAGUGUCCGUGAGCAGGCUUCUCGUGUGCGAAGGUGUUAAAAGAAUACGCGCGUCGGCCGUUUUUUUGCUCCGUUUUGGGGCAGCAAUCGAAAAGUGCUUCAAGAUAUCACGCAGCAUUUCUUUUAAAAUCUGUAAAAGCAAUCCCGUGUGGUGGAAGGUGGCAAAGUGCAAAUCAGUGUGAAAAUUUUGGCAUCAACGAAAAUCAGCAAAAAGAAAGCAUUGAAUAAGUGAAAUUACAAGUUACGAAAACGAGUGAAAGUAGUGUGACAAAAAAAAGAUAAAUUUAUCUUCAGAAAUCCGGAGACAAAAUCCAACACCAUCCAACAUCCGACAGGCCGCGUGACAGCAGCUUGUCCCUGUAGCAGUUGUUUCGUGACACCCGCGUACCCCCAAAAGGCUUCAAAAUUACGCAGAACACGCAGAAAAUGUCCUCACUGGUGCUGAGGAGCCUCUCGAUACUGCUCGGGUUGUUCUUCAUAUUUAUCGGCAUCAUGAAGAUAUCGCCACACCUCAGCAAGGACCUGCAUCGAGAUUUGCGCAAGAACUACGUCAAGUAUGCGAAAGUGUUUCCCCUCUCGACACUGCUGGAGUUCAAAAUACCCUCGAAAUGGUACCGACGAUCGGUCGGCGGAUUGGAGGUGCUGUGUGGGCUGGCCAUGGUGCUCAUUCCUAGCCAUAAAAUAAAAAAUGCAGCUAACAUAACGCUCCUGUUGCUGAUGUUCCUGGCUGUUUACUCGCACUACAUGGUAAGCGAUCCGUUCGAACGGUCCGGUCCAGCGCUAGUCUUCACAUUCAUGCUGAUCGGUCGGCUAGUGAUAUGGUAUCAGGCAAGCAGACGGGAAGCGGCACUAGCGGCUGCAACACAGCCCACUGCCAAUGGACUCAAACAGGAAUAAGGUGGCCACCGUAUCCUGUCCGGCUACUGAUCUCAGUUCCCUAGACCGUAUGAUGGAGAAAAAGAAAGCGAGAGAGAGAGAGAGAAAUGGACAAAUUCUUCAUGCAACCAGCAAUUGCAAACUAAACCCCGAACCCAAGUACACAGACACAAAUGCACCCGGAAAAGAUAGAACAAAAUGGAUGUAUCGUGUAAGGAAUUUUUUUUUAACAAACAGCGCAACGUAAUGCUCUUUUAGCCGCUCGAACAAACCAACACAAGGCGGUACGAAAUAGUAGCCCCGCAGAAGAUAUGGAAGCGUACUGUAUGGUUUCAUUCGGUGUUACGAACACAAGGCACGGACACUACAUCAUACCAUGAUAGGUAGCGAAUACUGCUACCAGAUAGACGGAUUCCUUCGAAUACGAACCUGCAGGACAGAGACGGAAGAACAACAACGAAACAUUUAACGCGACAAAUGCACUCGAAGGAAUAAUGUAAUCGAUAAACUUACUCCUACAUCCUUUACCAGAAGAAGGGUAGAACAUUUUCUUUAUGCAAACUACUCGUAUAAACGUGCUCCUCAAGAAUGGGUUAGAAAGGGAUUAUUACAAUUAUUAUUGCGUUUCAAGUUACGUUUCAUUUAAUCGAGGAAGGAUUCUCUGUCAGCCUCUUCUGUUUCGCUGCCGCAAAGUAGAACAACAAGGUAAAAGAUAUCAUGGAGAAGAUGAGAAAAUUGAGAAGAUGGAGUUGUGGAGUGGAGAGUAAAACGGAAAAUGCGGUAUUGUUUCUGCUUUUCUUUUUAAAAUGUGAUCACAAUAAAAAACAACAACAACAAA